AUGCACGUUCUCAUCACCAACGAUGACGGCCCACCCUCCGCCGCCCACUCACCCUUCGUCCACGGCCUGGUGGAGUCAUUAAAGGCGAACACAGACUGGGAGAUCUCGGUCGCGUUGCCUUCGAGUCAGAAGAGUUGGAUCGGGAAGGCGUUUUUGUUGGCAGAUACGGUGCGGGCGACAUACUACACCCCGAGCAGCGAAGUUGGAGGUGAAGGAACGAUCCACCAAACCCGACAAAGCGAGGAUGAUUGGGUACUCCUUGACGGAACCCCAGCAACCUGCGCAAGCAUAGGAAUUCACUCCCUCUUCCCCCAAAAAGGCCCCGUCGACCUCGUCCUCUCCGGCCCCAACUUCGGCCGAAACUCAUCCGCCGUAUUCAUCAUGGCCUCCGGCACCGUCGGAGGCGCACUCGAGGCCGCGCUCAACGGUAUUCCCGCGGUCGGAAUCUCAUAUGCUCUCUUUCGGGAUCGGCCGCAUAGGGGCGAACACGCGCACGCUGCGUCAGAGCUGACGACGAAGUUGGUGAGAAAGUUGUGGGAGGAGCACCUGAGCCCGGAGGUGAGAAGUGGGGAGAUUGAUUUGGUUACGGUGAAUGUGCCGUUAGUCGAUAAGUUGCUCGACAAAGUUCAGGGGAUGAAGUGUCACUGGACACACAUCCACCAAAAUCGCUGGUCAUCACCCGCCUUUGCUCCCGUCGCACCUUCUACCACCGUCGGUACCUCUGACCCUGCUGCGUCCGCUGAUCAGAAAGAAGAGGAAAUCCGCGAAGGCGAGACGACCACCCCUGAUGGAAACCGCGAGGGAGGUGAAGCGUGGGUAUUCAAACCCAAAUUCGACUGGUUCAAACUCAAGAACGAGGACGUGGGGAGUGAUGAGUGGGCGCUGUGUGAGGGGAUGGUUAGUGUUACGCCGUUGAAGGCGUGUUUUCAGGGGAUGGGGGGUUACAAGGGGGAGUUGAAGUUGUGA